AUGGCGAACUUCAGCCAACACCAUGUCAAAGGUCUGCAGAUCCGGCUACCAACUCUCCCUCAGUCAGAGCCACCCAAGAAUGAAGCCUUGCGGGCACUGCUUCUCACGAAAACCCUACCCCCGGUAGAAGAUGUGCUACUUUUGCUGUCAGACUCAGCCAAGUCAAUAGAGUCUGACCGGGAGCACGACGCAUUGGUCUAUGCCAUCACGGCAAGGCUGGCCAUCAAUGUAUACGCCGAUGCGCUGGACACGCUUCUCCGAGAGGCCAGUGAAGCCGAAACCGAAGCUGAAUGGUGGGCGAAUGUCGAACGGUCGAGGGCAAACGUAGCCUGGUAUCUGCUACAAACUUUACCGAAGCGAAUAUACGAUGCGGCCCUAGCAGUGCUUCACGUUGCCCGAACACAAAAUGUCACCGUAACUUCACUUCUCUCUAGCCAAUCAUUUCGGCUACGAAACCUACUCGCCACGUCCCUUUUCCCGCAUCUAGACCGCCAGCAUACGCUGUCGGCCUUGUCUCUCAAGUCGCCCUCUGCUAUUCUGGCUGCUGCUCGGGCGUCGUCCCCUCCAGAUAUACCAGGAAUCAUCACGUCGUUCCUUACGAAGGUCUCUAAGGCUAUACGUGCUGCUUACAACCUUUUGGCCCUCCCCUUCGAGCUCGUGCAACAGGAAUGCUACUACAAGCGCCGCCAUCUCCAAAGAAUACGAAACGAACGUGCCUAUACGCUGGGAUAUCUCGCUCAACAACGCAACCGACUGGAGUACGCCAUCAAUAACUCGGAAUCUCCCCAAGAAUUAUCCAACUUCCUCGUCAUCGUCAUCGAAUCGGUGUCAGGUGACCAAAGGCGCGCUGAAGGCCUACCCCCCUCAAGUUUACUGAACGAUCUUGUUAAAUCAUUGCCCAUCCACAAACAUGGUCAUGCUUCAAUGUUACGCUCAUCGUCUCUUCUCCGCCCUUCUGUGUUGACAAGAACGUGGCCUAAGGUCAUCUUACUGCCUCCGCUACUCUUCUUUGCAUCCCGUACAAUUUACAAUCGUCGUAACAGCUUGCAUGAAAUAGCACAGGAAAUUAAGGAAACAACUGAAGGUUUCGUGAACGGGUGGGUCAUCGAUCCAGUGAACGACAUCCUGAAGACGGUCCGUGCUGGCGGAGAAGGCGACGAAGGUAUUAUUGUUAGGAAGGAAGGGGUGAAAGCCGACUUGGAUUCGCUUGAACGCAUGGCUGUCUCACUUGCCGAAGAUAAACUCGGCUAUACGCCCGCACAAGUAGAAGUCCUCAAAUCGAAGAUCAGCGUUGGCGAUUUAACUCCGGUCCUCGAGAUUUAUGAGCGCGAUAUCAGAAACCCCAUCAAGUCCGCCCUUUUUGGAACAUUGGUGCGCAGCCUUUUCGUACAAGUUCAGAAAACCAAGGUUGAUGUGGACCAAGCUCUGACGGGGAUCGACAAGCUGAUCAAGUCCCAAGAGCUUACGUUCGCCUUCGUCGGUGUGGCUCCGGCCCUUGCGGUGGUAUAUGUAUUUGGCGGAUACUUGGGCAGAUUCUUCACUGGCAGCGUUCUUCGUCUUACAGGUAGCACGGGUGAUGCAAGAUACGGUGGACGUCGAAAGAGAGAAGCCGUAUGGCUUCUCGUGAGACGCAUCGAGAGACUCCUUAUGUCACAACACUCUGAAGGAUCGCUAGGCUCCACCCCAAUACCGUCUCUGACUCACGGGUUACUGCUCCUCUCUCUUUCGCAGCUCCGGGAGUACGCCUACUCCCAUCUACCGGCGCGAAGUGGGUUCUUACGCGACAAGGAUUCCGAUGGGCCUGUCGACACGUUUGAGCAUAACGAGACCAAGAAUGCAAACUCCAGGACUUCUCAGAAUGAUGGCAUGGCUAUCGCCAUCGAAGAGAUGGAUCUAUUCAAUGACAAUGGCCCUGAUCUCAGGGAAGGAUUUCUGGAAGAUAUCGCAUCCUUGGAGAAUCCCAGCCUGAGUAAAGAAGAGAAGCUGAAGGUUUUAGAACGAAUGUGGAGGUGCUGGGGAUCGGCCCUAGGUUGGCAUAGUCUAGGGCAGUGA